AUUAACUUGAAAUUUGAAACUUGUUUUCAAAGGGAGAGAUAGAAACCGUGUUUAAACGCAAACAUAUAGUGAUAGGAUAUAGAAUACAUUUACAUUGCCUGAUGGCGAAGCUCGCACUAAAUGUGUGGAAAUACGUGAUCGGAAUAGUAGUAUUAGCCAUUCUGUUGAUGGUUUAUAUGUUCACAGAUACUUUAGUAUACAGCUUCCAUAUUCGACUAUUUCCGGCAGCAGCGGUAACAUGGGAACCAGAAUUAAGUUUAAAGCGUUACUCUUAUGACGUGAGUGACCCUAGUGGUGCAAGGUUUUAUAACAUUAUACUGGAGGAAGAAGCUCUCAAAAUUAAACCAUGCAUAGAUGUAAAUCUGUCGGCAUCGUUAAAGCAUUCCUCUCUGUCUUUUAUAGAAUAUAAAGACCAACCAUACAAUAUUGGUGAUGAAAUCACCAUUCUUGUUACAAUGAAGGAUGGAUAUGGUAAACGAAUAAUGUUUGGAGGAGAUCAAUUAAGAGGAACGAUAGAGAACAAACAAUUGCAAGCAUCCGCUCCCUGUGUGGUCACCGACAAUAUGAAUGGUACUCAUUCUGUGACAUGUGAAGCAUUUUGGUCAGGAACGUCUUCAAUAAUCGUAGUUCUUGCUUAUCCAAGAGAAAUAAUUGCGACAAAUUACCGUAUAAGGACUCAGGUUUUAGCUACGAGAAACAUUUAUGGGUUAUUCAAAAGUCGAAAUUACCAAGAAGAUAUGACUUGUCAUCCGAACCAUACACACCUGAUUAAGAACACAAAUUAUACAGAACUUUGUAACUUGACUUAUAUGAACUCCGGUAUGCCGUUUUAUUGUGGAAAACCAAAGGAUGAACAUUUGCUGUGCCAAGACUGGGAGCAAGUACGCACGCAUACACCUUAUCCUGAACUUCAAUUGAGUGAUUGUGAGGACACAUUAUUAAAAAGAGGCCAACCGACACUGGAACAAAGAUUAAAUGUCUCGAUAGGAAACGAAGACAAGGCAAAACUAACUAUUGAAAAGCCAUCAAUACCUUGUUCACAAUACAACAUCACAAAACUUUGGCAAUCUAGAAAAGCAACAGGGUUUUUCUAUAAUGGGAAAUGGAACUUCAGAAAUUGUUUAGGUAAAAUUGAUAAAUAUUGA